UGGAGCUCUUCUGCAGAGAGAGUUCAUUUCGACAACUGAGCUGAGUUGCAGUGAACUGGGCGAAUGCCAGCCAUGGCGAGAGGGCUGCAAGUUUGCGGGACUUGGGGGCUUCUCGCCUUCUGCUGCUGCUCCGCGGUCUCCUUUGUGCUGCGGAGUGAGAACGAGCGACCGAUUAUUGGAAUAUUAGCUCAGGAAACUUCUAAAAAUUUUCAAAAGUUUGGAAGUUCUUAUAUUGCUGCUUCUUAUGUGAAAUUCAUCGAAUCAGCUGGAGCAAGAGUAGUACCAGUAAGAUUGAAUCGUUCCAAUGAAGAGUAUGAUGAGAUAUUCCAUUCUAUAAAUGGAAUACUUUUUCCAGGAGGUGGUGUUUCUCUUAAAACUUCUGAAUUUUCCAGAGUGGCUAAAAUAUUCUAUAAAAAAGCAUUAGAGGCCAAUGACAGAGAAGAUUAUUUUCCCAUUUGGGGGACAUGCCUGGGACACCAGUUGCUCACCUAUCUCACGAGUGGAGAAAACCUGCUCAUCCGGACAAAUACAAAUGGGUUUACAAUGUCACUGAAUUUUACCCAAGCUUCAAACCACAGUAGGAUGUUCCAGGAUUUUCCUGAAGAGAUAUAUGAACUGUUAGCUUCAGAGCCUGUAUCUUCACACUUUCAUUCCUGGAGCCUAUCUAUGCAGAAUUACACAAAAAAUAAGAAACUGCGCAACUUUUAUAAGAUUUUAACAACUAAUUUUCAUAAUGUGGAGUUCAUAUCUACCAUGGAAGCUUACAGUUACCCUAUUUAUGGUGUCCAGUGGCAUCCAGAAAAAAAUCCAUUUGAAUGGAAAAAUUCAACUGGCAUUCCACAUUCCUCAGCAUCUAUAAAAGUAACAUUUUUCCUAGCUGAUUUCUUUGUCAAUGAAGCCCGGAAGAGCAAUCACCAUUUUUCGAGCAAAAAGGCUGAAACCAAUGCACUGAUUUAUAAUUUUAAUCCUGUUUUCACUGGGACCUUUUCAUCUUUUGAUCAAGCUUACUUUUUUGAUUAAAUUUCCAGCCCGAAGAAGAACAUAAGUAGAUUUUAAAAUGAUUUGAUCUUUCUGUUUAAAUUGAAACAGUGUAUUGUACUGCAAAGGCAAAAAAUCAGAUUGUGUGUAGCUCUUUGUAGAACUUAUCCUUUCCAUUCCUUUCUGUAGAAUCACUCCUUAUAUUCCAAAGUGAGUUUGUGAAAAGCUUCUGCAUCAACUUGAGACUAAAAAUCUUGUUGUGAAAGCCCUGAAUUCCACGAAGCUUGUACAGGAAUAGUUCUAAGUGUCCCUAAUAACUGUUCAAUUCAAGCACAAAGGAUAUGACUCCCUUAUGGGUUAAAUAAAUAGGAAUGGAGCAGCACUUGUUGGUUUGGGGGUUACAGUAAAUCACACAGGAUUUGAGUUACCAUUUCAUAUUAUUACAUGCUUGGAGAAGAGGGGACAAGGUCUGCAGAAGUGUUUGCCUGACCCUCAGUAGAACUGUCAUUGCUCUGGUCUUUAUCAUAUCUGAACACCCUAGCAUUAUAUGGAUUUUAUCUUUAGACUAUGUCUAAAGAUUUUAUUUGUGUGACUGAGAAAUUGCACUUAACUAUUUGUGCUCAUUUAAAAUUCUUAUUUAAUGGGAAAAAUUGAAGAGGAUGGCCUUCAUGUGAAUGGGAGUGAUGACUUUUCCCUUUGAUCAAAGAACAUCUACUACACUUGUUUCUGCCUAUUAAGAAACAGUUUGAUAUGAAAAAUUCUCAGGUAACCCAUUCUUGAACAAAAGACAAAGUUUCUCCUUGGACACACAAAGGAGACAGUUUUCCACAUUCUGAGCCUCUCACUGGAAUGCCUUUUUAAUCUCAUAUCUUCAACCUGCCAAUUGCUAUCAAGUCCCUUCCUUUUCUUAUAUGUCUCUGUAUCCUAGCAUGUUGUUUUAGUGUUUGGAGUACAUAUCAUCAGCCACCCAAACAAUGUUGUAUUUUUUUUUAAUCCCUUUUCUGAGAUCCCCUUCUUUGAUAUAUCUUUCUUGGAAUAAUGUAGCACAAUAAAAAUGAUUUUGCUCUUCUUUUAAAGAAACAAAUUCACUGAUAUAUCUUCUACAGGUUUAUUAUUAUUAUACAGAUAGAUGAUUCUGAGCCUCAUUAGUUUCCCCUUCCCUACCUUUUAAUCACCUUCCUUGCUUUCUACUCAUAAUCACUUCCUGUGUGAUCCAAGCACUUUAAACCGAUUGGAUUUGUAUAAUGCUGUGGAGAUAACUGAUACUAAGUACAGCUAUUGUUUCAUGGAAACUGAAGCCCAGUACAUUUGAGAGGCAUCUUCUUAUGAAAGGUUGAGUUAAACCUUCACUUCGGGCAGCAUUUUCCCUUAUGCUCUGUCAGCUGGUAACCUCAUGAGUCACUUGAAUAGGCAGGACCAAUAUUUUCAGAUGCAUUUUUGUGUUUGAGAAUGCUUAUAAAGUUUCAGAUAGCAUUUUAUUUCCUAAAACUACCCAUGAUGAGGAAAAAAAACACUCACUUUGCCUCAGCAAUAUCCCAGUCCCCCCUCAAAAUAGAAUCUUAACAUUUCAGGUUGAUCCAUUCUGAAAGCCAUAAAGCAAUUGCUGGAGAAUGACUUUCAUCUCAUUUCAGGAUUCUAUCAAUCAGUUAAUAUCAUUUAUCUAGAUAAAUGGUGCUUGAGAUUUUCUAUUUUAAAUACUGUUUUGUACAAAAAUUUGAAGAUCAGAGAAUCCUUUUAAGAUGUCAUCUUAUUUUAGGAGAGACUAAUUUUCCCCAUAAAGUUUUUGGCUUUAUUUACAAUUAUUGCAGUUAAAAUCUGUGGUUUUCUAAGAUUUGUCAUAACUGUUUAAUAACUAAGGUGCUAAAUAUUUUUAGAGGCAGUUGUGGAUUUUUAUCUACAUUAUCCUAAGUACUGAAAUAAAACAUUCCAAUUUACCAAAUAUUAAUAGGGUUUUCAUAUAGGGCAAUAAAUAUGCAAAUUUGGAAAACUAAAUCUAUUUUGAUAUAUAGAUUAAAUAUUUGUGACAAAUUCUUUUCUUGGGUAAAAUAUUAUGCUAAUAUCAUAAAUAUAUGGGUGUCUGCAAGUGUGGCCUAUGGGGAAAAAACCUCAUAGAUUUUUCCCUGUAGUUUUCUUUACAUAAGUGAAUAUAAAAACCUUUCAUGUUGAUGAUGCUAUUAAUGUGAGUUCAAGAUCAGCCUUUUUCAAAAAUAUGUAGGAUUAUUAUUGUCUUUUUAUAAUUGCACUUUUUGUAUAUACAUUUCAUUAAUAUAUGCCAAAGUAAUAUAAGCCAAAAUAUUCACACCAUAGCCUAUGGACCAGGCAUGAUCCAUAAACUGUGCUGUUAUUUGUUUUUUGUUGUUGUUUUGCAGCUUUUCUGAUUACAGUGAUUACACAAAAUUGAUGAGAUCUUCAAAACUUGAAAUAAAGAUGAAUGUGUUAAGUUUUAGAAUGGUCUUUAAAAAAUUGCAAUGCACCUUUAUUUGCCAUCCCACCCCACUCAAUAUUAUUGUGGUCCUUUGGGCUGAUAAAAAACUUGGUCCCAGUACGCUGAGACCAAACCUGAAUGACUAAAUGAGAGGAAAUAAAUGUGAAUGUAUUUUAAUUGUUACAUAGUUUGUUUAAUUUAAUGCAGUUAUUCAAUUUUGUUUUUUCACUAUAUGACUUUGAGCAUAUGGCCUUGUAUUUAUGUUUAUUGCUGUAUAAUAAAGGAAAUGCAAUUUAAUAGUG